AUGUUGAGUACAGGUAAAGCUUUAUUUCCUAAGAAAAGUUUAAGGUAUUUGUGUGUUGGGCACAAAGCAGUUAAAUUUAGACCAUUGAGUAGCAGUUCUAAUACCAAUGGAGAUGACAAAGAUAGUUCACAAAGAACUGAUGAUGUUAUAUUACAGGAGACGCCUUCGCGAAGCAAGAACCACCAAUCACCUAAAAGUGUGUUGAAGGAUCCUAAGGAUGAUCUAUUUUUUUUGGAAAAAGGUAUAAAAAAAUCAAAUGAAUUAACCUCCAGUUUCACUAAUUACAUGUAUAAGUUCAACAAGCUACCUCCUAACUAUGGUUCCAACCAAUUUCUUACAAUCGAUGGUGGACUUCAAAAAGAGUUGAUAGGAAUUCUGAACAAUUUUGAAGCUCCUGUCAGAUAUGCUUUUGGAUAUGGAUCCGGUGUUUUCCAGCAAUCAGGAUAUGGCCUAGAAGAUAAAAAACCUCAAAUUGAUUUGAUUUUCGGUGUGACUCACCCAAUUCAUUUUCACUCAUUGAAUAUGAGACAAAAUCCAGAUCAUUAUUCAAGCAUGCGUUAUUUUGGUUCUCAUUUUGUAUCGAAGUUUGAAGACCUUGGUUCUGGUAUCUAUUUCAAUCCAUACGCUAAAAUAAAUGGACACGACGUGAAAUAUGGUAUCGUAUCAAUGGAGAUCUUACUGAAGGAUUUAGCAACUUGGAACACCUUCUAUUUGGCAGGUAGAUUACAAAAGCCAGUAAAAAUAUUGAAAAACAAUCUAACAGUUCAAUAUUGGAACCAACUUAAUUUGAGGGCUUCUGCUACAUUGGCCAAACACCUGACUAUGUCUAAAAAUAACGGUGUAUUCGACGAAACCAAAUUCUACGAAGAAAUCGCGGGUCUGAGUUACCUUGGUGAUGUUAGAUAUAUGUUAGGCGGUGAAAAUCCUAAUAAGGUCAAAAAUAUAGUUUCUAAGAAUCUAAGCAACUUCAAGAAAUAUUAUGAACCUAUUUAUAAAGAUGUUGUUCAAAAUGAUUCAACCUACCUUCCAAAGGGUUACACACCCGAGAAUGCCUUGGCAAAACUACAAAAGAAAAUAUUUUUAAAUAGUGGUAUACAAACUAUUAAAGGUAUUUUCACUGCUGGUUUGACAAAGUCCAUACAAUAUGCUUGGGCUAAAAAAUUAAAAUCACUUAAGAAUUAA